AUUGGGACCCGAACCCGAAAAUAUAUUGGAUUGUACCGGUUUUUUGAAGAUUUACUAACCCCGACCCGAACCCGAUAGAACCCGAACCGGUCCCGAACCGAACUUUCAUAUAAUCCGAAUGGGGCUGAUUUUGAUAAACCCGAAAAACCAAAACCCGAUUGGAUAAAACCGAAACCCGAUUGGGACCCCGAAUGCCCAGGCCUAUAGAGGUUAAUCAGAUUCAAGAAAGUUAGUGAUCCAAGUGUUUUGUGAAAUUUGAACGAACCAUUCAACAUUUUAAUGACACGUGGAUGUUGGAUUUGACAAAACAAGUUUCCCAAGCAAUUACAGAACAAAGAGACUUUUAUUACAAGUCACUAAAAUACGAUUCCACGACCGACAAGUCAUUAUUAAGGUUAUUAUAUAAACCAAGUCGAAAACUUUGUCUUCUUCUCUUAUUUGAAUUUGAUAUUCAAUUUGUCCGACGUAGCUUCCUCUGAACACACACGCCUCUCUGUGUACGGCUUCUCCGGUGACUCGGAUUCCAUCAUCGCCGACAUCAAGCAACCCAGAGAUUCCAGGAUGAAAAGAGGAGCUCUUAAACGGAGUGCUAGGCAUAUCUCUGUUGUACUUGUUGUGCUUGUUUGUGCAACCGUCGGCAUAUGGACAUGGGAUAGUAAUCCAACCAUGGCCUUUCUUCCACGUGAAAGUCAAAUUUUAAAGCUCGAAACAGAAGAAAAUGCUGAGAAAAUAACUACGGCACAGAAUACUGAAACUAAAGACAGCUACACAUCAGCUACACCAUUUCUAAACAAAGAGCAAACCAAAGAGGACCAUACUGAUAAUAAAGAUACAGAACAAGAACAGAAACAAGUGGAAGAAGUUAGUGUCAGUGAGACGAGUCAAGGGAAACCACCAACUAUUGAAGAAAAGCACCUAGAGCGAGUGGAACAUGAGGUUAUUGUAAGUGAGCCAAAACAUCAGACGACACCUAUUAGUGAAGAAAAAAAUCUAGAACAAGUAGAACAUGAAGUUAUUGUAAGUGAGCCAAAGCAUCAGAAGACACCAACUAGUGAAGAAAAUAAAUUAAAACAGGUGAAACAAGAGGUUGCUGCCGGUGAGGCCGAGCCAAAGACAACACACAUUGAAAAGACUACUUCAGAUCCAGAUAAUAAAACUCUUGCAGCAGACGAAGCCAAGAAAGAUAAUGGUACUACUUCAACAGCUCCCAUCGCCAAUCAAGCUUGCAAUUACGCGAAAGGGAAAUGGGUCGUGGACAAGCACCGUCCUUUCUAUUCAGGACGUCGUUGCAAACCGUGGCUUGCUUCUAUGUGGGCGUGCAGGUUGAUGCAACGUAAAGACUUCGCCUUCGAAAGGUUAAGAUGGCAACCUAAAGACUGCUCCAUGGAAAACUUUGAGGCUUCCAAGUUCUUGAAAAGGAUGCAGAACAAGACCCUAGCCUUCGUUGGAGACUCCUUAGGAAGACAACAGUUCCAAUCCAUGAUGUGUAUGAUCACAGGAGGCAAACAAAGACUCAAUGUCCACGACGUGGGACCAGAGUUUGGAUUCAUAACUCCCAGAGGCGGAGCUCGUCCCGGUGGAUGGGCUUACAGAUUCCAAGAAACCAACACAACGGUCCUUUACCACUGGUCAUCAACCCUCUGCGAUAUACAACCGAUCAAAAUCUCCAACCCUUUAACCGAACACGCCAUGCAUCUAGACCGUCCACCAGCGUUUCUACGCAAUUACCUUCACAAGAUCGAUGUCUUGGUGAUGAACACGGGCCACCAUUGGAACCGAGGGAAGCUCAACGGCAACAGAUGGGUGAUGCACGUGAACGGCGUCCCCAACGCUAACAGGAAGCUAGCCGCUCUUGGGGACGCCAAGAACUUCACGAUCCACAGCACUGUGAGUUGGGUUAGCUCGCAGCUCACUAACCAUCCGGGUCUUAAGGCCUUCUACAGAAGCCUCUCCCCGAGACAUUUUGUGGGAGGGGAGUGGAACACGGGAGGGAGCUGUAAUAACACGACGCCGAUGUCUAUUGGGAAAGAGGUUUUGCAAGAGGAGUCUAGUGAUUACAGCGCGGGACAUGCGGUGAAAGGCACUGGGGUUAAGCUUUUGGACGUAACGGCGUUGUCUGGUGUUAGAGACGAAGGGCAUAUAUCAAGGUUUAGUGUCUCGGCUUCGAGAGGAGGUCAGGAUUGUCUCCAUUGGUGCUUGCCUGGUGUUCCUGAUACGUGGAAUGAGAUCCUUUUCGCAAUGAUAUAAUGUUUUUGCAUCAGCAGAGAAAGGGGUUGUGAGCCUUUUGAUAGCUUUUUAUACAAAAUUGAGGUACUAGAGCCUGAGAUGUAAGUUAUAGUAUUUAUUCUGGUACAGGUAAACAACCAUACCCUGGCUUUGUCCGACCAUGUUUACAGAACAGAACCUAACUCAACUUUUUGUCUUUUUGAGUCGAUUAAUCGAAAUUUUUGGAAAUUUAUGUUUCUGGAAAUCUGUU